UUUCCUCGACCUUCCAUCUUCGGCGUUGGUUGGCUGGCUCUCUUGGGGAAACUCUUUCCCCUUGACUGUCGAGCUCUGGCAAUGGCGGAAGAGUUCUCGGUAGCCAAGUUAUUUUAGUUGUCCCAUUUGUUCAUCUCUCAUUUUACUGAAUUCUCUGUAACCAUGCGCUCCAAGGAUAAAAUCGCAUAUUUUUACGAUGGGGAUGUGGGUAGUGUUUACUUUGGACCAAACCAUCCAAUGAAACCACACAGGCUGUGUAUGACCCACCACCUUGUUCUUUCUUAUGACCUUCACAAGAAGAUGGAGAUAUAUCGGCCUCACAAGGCAUACCCCAGUGAGCUGGCUCAGUUCCACUCCGAGGAUUAUGUUGAAUUCCUACAUCGAAUCAGACCUGAUACACAGAACUCGUUCAGAACUGAAUUAGCUAGAUUUAAUCUUGGAGAAGAUUGUCCUGUUUUCGAAAAUCUGUUUGAAUUUUGUCAAAUUUAUGCUGGAGGAACAAUAGAUGCAGCCCGCAGAUUGAACAACCAACUAUGUGAUGUUGCUAUCAAUUGGGCUGGUGGAUUACAUCAUGCCAAAAAAUGUGAGGCGUCUGGAUUUUGUUACAUCAAUGACUUGGUACUGGGGAUCUUAGAGCUUCUUAAACAUCAUGCUCGGGUCCUGUACAUAGACAUAGAUGUUCAUCACGGAGAUGGUGUAGAGGAGGCCUUUUAUUUCACUGACAGGGUGAUGACAGUGAGUUUUCACAAGUUUGGUGAUUUGUUCUUCCCUGGAACUGGUGAUGUUAAGGAAAUAGGAGAAAAAGAAGGUAAGUUCUAUGCCAUAAACGUCCCACUCAAAGAUGGAAUAGAUGACACAAGCUUCACCCGUCUCUUUAAAACUAUAAUAUCGAAGGUCAUAGAAAUCUAUCAACCAAGCUCUAUAGUUCUUCAAUGUGGAGCAGAUUCGUUAGCUGGGGACCGUUUGGGCUGUUUCAAUCUCUCUAUUGAUGGUAAAUUUCUCUCCUUAUGGAUUUAUCCAUCCCUUUGCAUAAUAGCAAACAUGCAAGCAUGAAUAGUUCUUUCUGGGCUUAUUAUCCCUGCUUAGUUGAACAAUUUAUCACUUUUAAGGCUUAGACUGAUGCUGAAAGCUACUGGUAUGAUAUCAUGAUAUGCAUUGCAGGUCAUGCUGAAUGUGUUAAAUUUGUGAAGAAAUUCAACCUUCCCUUACUGGUUACUGGAGGUGGAGGAUAUACAAAGGAGAAUGUAGCUCGAUGUUGGACAGUUGAAACAGGGGUUCUGUUGGAUACAGAACUACCCAAUAAGAUUCCUGAAAAUGAGUACUUGGAAUAUUUUGCCCCUGACUAUUCGCUGAAGAUUCCAAGUAGACUCAUAGAGAAUUUUAAUAGCAAGUCUUAUCUUAGCACCAUCAAAGUGCAAGUAAUGGAGAAUUUGCGGCACAUACAACAUGCACCAAGCGUGCAGAUGCAAGAGGUACCACCCGACUUUUACAUCCCCGACUUUGAUGAAGAUGAACAGAACCCAGAUGAAAGAAUGGAUCAGCAUACACAAGACAAGCAAAUCCAGAGGGAUGAUGAGUACUACAAUGGGGACAAUGACAACGAUCACCCGGCUGGAUCAUGAAGUGCAUUCGGAUGGGAUUCAAUUGACUGUAGCUGUUAGUUCAGAAGAUUACUACUCCCUGCCGUGAUCUAUAGGGGUUGACUGAACUCAUCAAACUUGAACUGUGAAUCUCUUGUAUUUAGCAUACCACAUCAUAGAGAAUUAGAGAUUGCUUUUGUAACUACUGGGGUAUAUCUGUGAAAUGGAAGAUUAGUGAAUGAUUUUGAUUGAUUCUUGCAGUUGCAGAAGAAAGCACUCAAACCC